UGCGCUUUGUUUUAAAUGCGGCCGGUAGCAGAGAUUCCCCAGAUCAGUAAAGAGAGAAGAGUUUACAGGUUUUUGCAGCAGGAACAGUCCUAAAGUUACAGUAAAUCAGUAAACAGGCGACUUUAAAGCCUCAGUUUGACUGUACGCGGUGUAAAUGUAGUUUAAUAGAGGAUUAGCUCGUUAGUUUGGGCUUCAGUAUAAUGUAGCUCGGCUGUAACGGCGGUUCUGCUGCUGCUGCUGCUGCUGCUGCUGCUGUUGCUGUUGCUGUUGGUAACCGGUUUGGUGAAUGUGGAGAUUUAGCAGCUGAACCUGAACCAGUAACGUUAAACUGCGGACAUGCAAACCACAGAUAUAAGCAGCAAAGAAAGUGGAAAAUUAUGGUAUCGGAAGCCUGUGAUAUCUAAUAACGGCAUCGUGGUGAAUGUGAUUCGCAGUGCAGCGAAUCAGAACAAGACUGUGCGUUUCCUCCAGGUGGCGUUUGACACGACCGGGGAGUCAUUCCUUGCUGGGGAUCAUCAUGGGCAUAUCUAUUUGUUUGAUAUUGGCGCAAACAGAUUUAAGCUGCUUCAGAAAACAGGGCAAGCAGUUACUGCCUUGGCCUUCAAUCUGCGCAGAACAACUGAGUACCUGGUCGCCCUUUCUGAUUAUUCCAUCAAAUGCUUUGAUAAAGACACCAAGCAGUUGGUGAGCUGGAUGAGGGGCCACGAGGGCGCGGUGUCCUCCCUCUCAGUUCACAGUUCUGGACGCUACGCCAUCAGCACCUCCUUCGACACGGCUCAGCUGUGGGAUCUAGACACCUUUCAGAGGAGGAGGAAACUGAACGUGCGGCAGUCUGUGGGAAUACAAAAGGUGAUCUUUCUGCCGCUGAGUAAUACCAUUCUAAGCUGCUUCACUGAUGAUUCCAUCUUUGCCUGGGAGAGCGACUCGCUAUUCUGCAAGUAUCAACUUCCUGUCCCGCAGGAUGGACCCAGAAUGCACUACAAGGCUUUUGCUGUCACACAAGAUGGAAAGACUCUGGCUGCAGGCGGACGCUCGAAUUUGAUCCACUUGUGGUGUUUGGAGAGCCAGCAGCUCUUCAGAGUUCUACAGAUGCCUCCACAAGUGAGGACCGUGAGACAUCUCGACUUCUUACCAGACAGCUUUGAUGGAGGAUCCAGUCAGAUCCUGGGUGUUUUGAGUCAGGAUGGCAUCAUGCGCUUUAUCAACAUCCAAACGUGCAAGCAGCUCUUUGAUGUCGGUUCCCAGGACGACGCUAUCUCCUCGGCUGCUGUUUGUCCUAAAGGCCGCCACAUCGUUGCCGUCAUGGACAACGGAGCUCUAAGAAUCUACAAUGUCCAGUCUCUCACUCAAGAGAUCAACAAGCCUCCACAGCCCUUGGUGAAAGUGGUGACCACGGACAAGCGAGGUGACAGUUCCUGCUUAAAAAUGAAGGUUCAUACAGGAGCAGUUCCCCGUCCAGCCAGAGCAUCCGGCCGCAGAAUUCAGCCCAAACGUCUGCCAUCCACAACUGUUUCCACGCUAGAGGACAAAGAGAAUGAUGUACCAGAUGCCUUGAGUAAGAAACGACUACGAACGUUACUGAAAGCUUUUGGAGAAUAUCCAGAAAAAUACAGGAUGUUUAUCUGGCGCUCUCUGUUGCGGCUGCCUGAGAACCACGCUGCUUAUAACAGCCUGACUAAUAAAGGAGUCCACUCAGCUUUCCUCUGCCUGCAGGAGCGCUACCCCAUCAAGAGUCACAGGCUUCAGAGAGGACUGCAGAGAGUUCUCUCUGCUCUCGCUCACUGGUCUUCCAUCUUUGGUGAGGCUGAGUAUCUCCCUCUAGUGGCUUUUCCGUUUGUGAAGCUUUUCCAGAACAACCCGCUCAUCUGUUUUGAAGUAGUGGCCACAGUUAUUGUGAACUGGUGCCAGCAUUGGUUUGAGUACUUCCCAAACCCUCCUCUCAAUGUUCUAAGCAUGGUGGAGAACGUGUUGGCGCAUCACGACAAAAAACUCCUGCAGCACUUUGUCAACUGUGGUGUCACUUCCCAGCUCUAUGCGUGGCCCCUGCUGGAGACCCUGUUCUCGGAGGUGCUGACCAGAGAGGAGUGGCUGAAGCUGUUUGAUAAUGUUUUUUCCUACCACCCUUCUUUCCUCCUGAUGGCCGCUGUGGCGUAUGUGACGUGCUGCAGAGCGCCGUUACUACUCUGUACUCAACGAGAGGACUUUGAGUACUUUUUCCAUCAUCGCAACAACCUGGACAUAAGCGCCAUGCUGAAAGAGGCACAUCGAUUAAUGGAAACGACCCCACCCGACCUGCAUCCGAACUCCAUGCUGAGUGACUUUGAGCCGCUGACACACGGACAGUACCCCAUCUUCAACAAGUAUCCCACCUUCAUAGUGGAGUAUCAGAGCCAGGAGCGCGAGCGCAUCCGCCAGCAGGAGCUGGAAUACCUCAGAGAGAGACAGGUGCUUCAGGACAUGCGUGCUGAGAGGGUGAGGCAGCAGGCUGAAGAUGAGGCCUGGUACACACAGCAGGAGCUGCUGCAGCAGGCUGAGGAACAGCGCAGGAGAAUCCUGCAGCAAGAGGAGAACAAACUCACUGAACAGAGAACCAGGUUGGCUGCUAUGAAGCGUGAGCUGAAGGUGAAGGAGCUCACGCUGCUGGAUGCUGCCAGGAGACGCUUCCUCAAACAUCAGCAGGACCAGCGCAGGAUCGAGCUCAACCGCCUGGACGAUCAGAUCCAGAGAAAGACGACACUGAGAGAGCAGGAGAUGGCUGCAGCUGUGCAGCAUGUAGAAGUGAGACAAAUGGAGCUGGACGCUCAGAGAAGACUGUUCGAGCAGCAACUGGAAAAAGAGCAGGAGCGCGUGAGCCAGGAGGUGAGGGCUGAGGUGGACACCUGGCAGAGAAAGGCAGAAGCAGAGAGCUCUACCUUUCAAACCCUCCUUCAGACAGAGAGUGACCUCAGCCAGGAGACCAAAAGGGUACGUCUCCCUCUGUAUCAACAGCACCAGUCCACCAGUCAUCUUCCUCUGCUGAGAAGCGUUGGACACGUUCAGGUGGUGGAGGAGUCUCUAGCAGAGGCGGGGCAGCAGGAAGUGGACGCCGACUGGCAGAGAGAAGUGAUUGGGCGGCUGGAGGAGGCGGAUGAAGAGCAGGAGAGGCGGAGACAGCGAUUGGCUGAGCUCAGCAGAGAGACGCGUGAGAAGGAGGAGCAGCUGGUGCAGCUGAUGGUUGAAGUACAGGGAAAGCAUUGGGAUGAUGUGGUGGCUAAGCGAGGACAGCUGGAAGAGGAAAAGCGUACGGCUGCUGCUGCAGAAGCCCAGCGGAGAUUACAUCACUCCCAGCAUGCAGAUGAAAUCAUCCAGCACCAGGAGAGGCUGAGGCGAAGUCAAGAAGAGUCAGAUAGUCAUAUAAAGGAGAAGAAGCUCAGCCCUCCCUGCUCAACUCGAGCACUUUUGCACAAGCCUAUCAGCACACAAGCAGAGACCACCAGUAUCUGUCUGAACAACCGCUCUUCCUCAGAUACCUCUACCUGCUUUUCUCUAGAUCGGGGUCGAGAUAAACUGGACCGUGAGGAGAGGGAGCUGCUGCAGGAGGUGAGAGAGCUCCGGCAGAAACUCACCGCCAGAAGAAGAGCUGCAGAUUGGACCUCACAAUCAGUUAGCUCACAACAAUCCUAGUGAACACUGGUGUGAUUAUUGUCUUAUUCAAUCGCCUACUACAAGACUACAGCACUACAUUUGUCAUAAAUAGUGGCGACUACUAGGGGUGGGCGAUAUGGCCCUAAAAAAAUAUCACAAUAUUUCAUGGUAUUAUCGCGAUAACGAUACUCUUGGCGAUAUGACCAAAAAAAAAAAAGAAUACACUACUACAACAAAACAAAACUUACAUUGUGUUAUUGAAUACGAUAUGAUACUGCACACCUCUAACUGAGAUAUUAAAAAAAUACAAGAAUUUUAGCAGAUUUGUAAAAGAACCCCAAAUAUCUCUAUAUAUUCAGGAUUAAAAUAAAAUAAAUGAUACUGGACAGAUAUAAUCUGUCUCUAGUAGAUAUUUAAAAGGAAAUGAGAAAUGUGUGAAUUUUUCUUUUGCUUAAAACAGCAAAAAAGUAGAACCAUGAUGUGAUAAUUGGGGGUGAGUGUUAUGGCACGAUAUUUCAGGGUAUAAUAUCGUUCACGAUAUUCAUAAAUGUUGGCGAUAUUAUCACGUACGAUACGAUAUGGCACACCCCUAGCGACUACAAAGACCUGAAGUGUGAACUUUAGACCUAAGAUUUUUUUUUACUCACACUUGCCUUGUUUUUAGAUUUUAUUUUCUAUAACUUAUGUUAUUUUUAUUAUAGAUUGGUCCAUGUUGGACCUCUUAGAAUGUUUUCACACUUAAAAAAGCCCCGACCAGAGUCUGCACAAAGGUUUGUGUGUGUAACUGUUUACAUUUAUUGGUUUGUAGUAAGUAUGUUGUCAGUUGGGUAAGUUGCUUUUCCAGGUGUUGUGCUGAAUUCUACCUCUGCCUUGAUUCGACUCCCCUUUCCAGGCACCCGUAUCAUGCAUCAGAAUGAGCAUCAGCAACAGAUUCCCCUUUAAAUCCUUUUAUUUCUGUUCAUAAAUAAGUUUAUUAAUCUACAGUUACAGUAGAUACAGAAUCACCAGCAUUUUGUAUCCAUAUGGAUGCGUGAUUCGCCUGAACACCAAGGGGGGAGUCUAAUUUCAGCACAACACCACUUCUUUUAUCCUCUAUUUGUUUAAAGGCUGAGGAAAGCCUGCAUUAGCUUCCCUUCAAACCAUCUAGAAAAGCGUUUCACACUACAGACAAACCAGAUCACAGUUCAGUAGAUCCAGAUCCAGAGAACACCUAUUUUAAUGGAACCAAAUCUUGGUUCUUUGGUCUGGAUCAUGAUUUGCUGCCCAUUUCAAGUCUGAUAUUUUGGUUCAGAUCAAACAUGGUAGGUGUGAAAGCACCGUUAGACUGUAAUGAAGGAGAUUUCCACUGUUUUAUCACUUACAAUAGUUUAGACAAAACUUCUCCACAUAGAUGAAUAGCGGGGGUACAAAACUACAAAGGUUUUAAUCAGAUGAUGAUGAUGAUAAUGAUGAUGUUGUUCCAGUUUCAGCUUUUUAAAUAAAUAACCUGGUUUAAAAUGGGGUGUAGCAAAUUUGGGUAACAAAUAGGAGCUUUUGUCAAAUUUCCCACCUAUCAGGACCCUCAGAAUUCUACCAAUUAAGUGUAAAGCUGCUUUGACUUUGUUAUUGUUGUAAAAAUAGUGAUUUCUCAAAGGCGCUGAGUUGUCCAGCAGUCUAAAGUGCUGCUACUAUGAUCGGGAGAUCCACUGGUUCGAAUCCCGGUCAUGCAGCUCGCCCUCAUCACUACUACUAAGGUGAUGUCGAUCAGCCUUUUUAACCAUAUACAGACAUAGGUGCUUCCAAGCCAUCCACGGAGGUAACACUUGAUCAAUUUGCAUACUGCUAUCCCAUGACUUUCUGGCAUGUCUGUGUAUUUAAAGAAUGUUUGAAUGUUUUGCACUGUGCUUGAUCACAGUCCAUUAUUUGUUAGCAUUGUUUGCUUAGCUAACUUAUCUUCCAUUGUAAACUAAUGAAGCUAAAAGAUACCAGACGUAUCGUAGCUAAAAGAAUGCAUUUAUCUGGAGUAAGUGAUGAAUUAUGUUCAUUUGAUUUUUUUUUUUUUUCUGACGUAAAGGGUUCAUGGUUUUUUAUACUGGUGGUGGUUUUAAACAGAUUUUAAACUUCUAAUCCAUCAUGUUAGACUAAAUGAAAUAAAAAUGUUCAUUGACUGAA